AUGACGAAUUCGGCUUUAGUUCUAGUACUUCACACACUUUUCACUAAAGGAACAUAUUGUACAGGAACUUUGCGUGCAAAUAGAAAAGGAAACCCUAAAAAAAUAACUUCAAGAAAAUUAAAACUAGGAGAAAGUGUUGGAAAUUAUACUAAGGAAGGCGUAUGUGUAAUGAAAUGGCAAGACAGACAGGAAGUUUUAGCAAUAAGCUCUAAGUAUACAAAUGAUUUAGUUGAAUUUACUAAUAGAAGAG